AGCCUGUAUGGCCCUUUAAAGCUCAGGUCCUGCCUCCUGCUGUUCCUCAGUCUCUCGGGGACUCAGUUUACCUGUCGGGCAGGUACAUGCCGGAAACUUGGGUUUGUUUGUUUUUUUGUCCAGAGCAAUUAUGAGGAGAAUUCGGAUGGUUUUAGGUGUCCAACAUCACACUCCGUGAUUUAAGAAGUUGGACAGGUGUAAAGUCUGGUGAAGUAGCAUUGUGCUGAAACUUGUUGAAUAAAGAGGAUGACAGGAGGAGCGAAUGGAGUCUCCAUGAAGACGCAGCUGGUGAGUGCGAUAGAGCUGCAGGAGCUGGAGGAGGAGGAGGAGGAACCGAGUGAGGAACCGGGUGAGGAACCAGGUGAGAACCUGGGUGAGGAAUCGGGCGCCACUGCUGCUGCUCCCGCCGAUCCUGAUCCUGCUGCUAAACCUGUCGAGGAAGCUAAUGAUCAGAAAUGUUACAGCGUGGAGGAGGCGGUGGAAAGCAUUGGCUUUGGGCGCUUUCACAUACUACUCUUCGUUAUUAUGGGCAGUGCCAAUAUUGUUGAGGCAAUGGAGAUCAUGCUGUUGGCUGUGGUGUCUCCUGAGAUCCGAUGCGAGUGGCAUCUGGAGGAUUGGCAGGUGGCCCUGGUCUCCACGAUGGUGUUCCUGGGCUUCAUGGUAUGCGGGGUACUGUGUGGAUACGUGGCGGAUAAAUAUGGCCGCUGGAGGGUGGUGUUCGGGGGCUUCGUAUGGGCCGCGUAUUUCUCUAUGCUCACAUCAUUCGCUCCAUCCUACGGCUGGUUCAUUUUCCUGCGAAGCAUGGUGGGCUGUGGAGUAGCAGCUACGUCACAAGGAUUUGUCCUGAAGACGGAAUUCAUUCCUGCUAAAUACCGAGGUUCACUGCUGCCCCUGGCCUCGAUUUUCUGGAUGAUGGGAUCGUUGCUGAUCAUCAUUCUGGGGAUGACUGUGGUGCCCACAAUGGGCUGGCGCUGGAUGAUCCGCUUCUCCGUCAUCCCGGGUGUUUUACUCAUCAUCCUCUUCCAGUUUAUCCCUGAGUCAGCGAGGUUCCAGGUCUCAGCAGGGAAUGUAGAAGGAGCAGUUUCCACUUUAAAAUGGAUUGCUAAGAUGAAUGGAGCCAGUUUGCCUGAGGGGGAACUACGGGAACCUAUAGUGACAGAGCGUGGUAAUGCUGCCACUCUGGUUAGUCGAGCUUUCAGAAGGACGUCUCUGCUGCUGUGGUAUUCAUGGUUUGUGGCGUCUUUCUCCUAUUACGGCUCAGUGCUGAGCAGUUCAGAGCUGCUGGAGAAGAACCUGCUGUGUGUGAUUGACGCCGACGCCGAACACAACAUCAAACACAACAGUGAGGAGUCGCUGUGUUACUGCAUCCCGUUCAACAUGGACGACUAUCAGACCCUCCUCAUCAGCUCCCUGGGAGAGGUGGCAUUGAUCCCUCUGAACAUCUGCCUGUUGCAUGUUGUGGGGCGAAAGUACAGCAUGGCCAUCCUGCAGGUGCUCUCCGCCAUCUUCUUCCUGCUGGUCAAUGUCUGCACCACCAUGUUUGGUUUUACAGUGUUGCUCUUCCUGCUGCGCUCGCUGGUCUCCAUGAAUUUUAAUGUGGUUUAUAUUUAUACUGCAGAGGUUUACCCUACAGCAGUGCGCUCUAUAGGAAUGGGUUUCUGUACCUCAUUCAGUCGAAUCGGUGGGAUGAUUGCCCCCUUUAUAGCACAGGUGUUGAUGUCUAAGUCUGUGCUGUUAGCGUUGUCUCCGUUCACUCUGACAUGCUGUCUGUGUGCUAUCGGGAGUUGCCUCUUACCCAUCGAAACCAGAGGACGAGCGUUACUGCAAAAUGAAUGAUACGCACCUGCUCACAGAGAAACUGACUAUUUUAUAAACAUGUUGGUUUUUUUGUUGUUAGUUUUUUGUAAAUUGAUUAAAACUUCAAUAACAAUCA